CCGUCCUCUCGCCAAUCCGCGUUCCGCGACAAGUACGGCAAGGAAGCACAGGAGGCGAUGUACGCUCGAGGCGCUCCUCCCUUGAACCUGCUAACAUGCCCGACUUGUAAUAUCAUGCUACAAGCGCUGCCGGACAGUCAUCGUACACUCUACCGUUGCGAUGACUGCAUCGGUGGAGGGUUACGGUGCCGCGAAUGUUUGCUCACCUCCCACGCCGAACGUCCCCUCGACCGCAUCACCGCCUGGGACAAGACUGCCAGAUUAUGGGUCCCAGAGACGUUCGCCAACCUCGGCUUCGAGCUGCGACUCGGUCACGCUGGGACUCAGUGCCCGAACUCGAGGUCGUCGCGCCUGACAACAAUAGUGCACGAUCGUGGCAUCGUCGCCCUACCCAUCCGAUACUGCCGAUGUAGCGGAGUGUCGAAAGAGCCGCUGCAGCUCAUCGCAAGUGGCUUCUGGCCAGCUACAUGGAAGACCCCUCGGACGGCGAUGACUUUAGGCGUCAUGGACACCUAUCAUAUGAUUGCGCGGCAGGCGCAAGUCAGCGUGGACGACUAUGUUCGUCAUCUUGCUCGGCUCACGGACAACGUGUUACCGACAGAUAUAGCCAAUCGUUAUCGAGAGUUCAACAACGCGUCGAGGCAGUAUGACCACCUUAGACGUUGUGCGGAGUACGACGUUUGGGUGGGGGACCAGCUGGAAAACGGCCAACUGUGCCAGGUGUGUCCCGCCUGCCCGCAGCCUGAUGUGAAUAUGCGAGAAGGGUGGCAAGAGCGGUUGCCCGAGUAUCGUUACCUGGACGCCCUGCAAUACUCUAUCGAUGGAAAUUUUCAUCUUAGCAUGAAGGACAGGGACACUGAUCCCCUCGAUGUCGCCCUUUCUGACGGCGCGGGAUACUUCGUGCCCAGCAAGACAUCCAAGCAGUUCUUCAAGAAGACCAAGCCUCCUAAGAUUGAGGCGAGCACUUGUAAUCAAUUUGGCGCAAUGGGACAGGGUAAGUAUAAGGGGAAGGUCUCGGGCGUCGUCGGUAUCUCGUGCAGGCACAUGUUCAUGCUUGCGAACUCUAUCAUUGAUCUCAUUCGCGCCGAGCAGUAUCAAUUUGUCGAUCUGGCCCUCCUGUGCACGCUCCAGAAGUACUUGAUCCUGCGCGUCUUGUUCGGCACCUACGACAUCAAUUGCCAGUACAUGAUCAACCUACGCAAGCGGCUUGCGGACUACGGCGUCGUCUUGGCCGAGAUCGAUGGACUCGAGUCGACGGUACUUCCCCAGAUCAUUGCGGGCGUGGGGAAGUAUCACUUGAGCAUGCACACCAAAGAAUGCCGGCACAAGUAUUCUAUGCACUUCCUUCCCGGCGCGUGCAUGUUCGACGGGGAGCCAAUGGAGCGGAUCUGGGCGAUUCUCAACGCUCUCGCGCUGCGAACAAAGGAGAUGUCUGGGGGUCAUCGUCACGACGUGCUUAACGAACACUUCGAGGACAUGAACAUCCGUCGUCUGCAGAUUUUAGUGAAAGAACUCUUGAGGAAGUACGAAGAGGGCGUCAAACGCGCGGGCGAGCUCGCAAUGUACCUGCGCAGGAUCGAGACCUCGAUCGGGCCGUCCCACAUUGUCGCCUGGCGUGUGGAGGAGGCUGCGUACCUGGAGGCCGUGGUCGACAUCACACAGCACAAGAACCUGAAGAAUAUCUAUGAGCCGCCUGCGGAAGCCUCGUUGACGCAGAAGGACAUCGUGGAUCAGCUCGCGGCUGAGCAAGCCGCAGUCCCGAACGGGGAGGGUAUGGGCCUGGUGGGUGCGAUCGAGGACACCCUGGUUUUGCGACAGACUCGGUACGCCCUGCUUGUGGCCACGUUCGACGGUGCGGACGCGGAGCGUGUAAGUCUAAAGGCAAAAGUCGACGCGUGGCACGCGCACGCGACUCGGGUGAGCGCUGCCUGCGCCAGUGCGCUGGGAGCUGUCGUCGACGACGCAAUCGCGUCAGUACCGGAUAAAGCGCGGCCCGAAGGCUUUCCUUUUCGAACGAGCGGCGACGACAAAAAGUGCCGCAUCCCGCCUCCUCCUCCGGUGCCCAAAUGCGACGGGCCGCAGGGAAAGCGCAAGCGAACCCGCGAGACCUCGGAGUUGACGGCGAUGACGGAGGAGCUCGAUGAAGUGUCGUUGCUUCUACCCUCCGACUACCAUAGCGCCGUGCGGCAGCACCCCGCGAUGGCUGAAGCGGUCAAGAUGGAGCGGCGCUUGCGUGGGGGCGAGGCCAAUGAAGCGUUGGAAGAUCUUCGGUUGCAUCUAACGACGCAGAUGAGUCUCGCGGAACGUAAGACGCAAGGCUCCGGCACCAUCCACAACGCAGCCAUGGACAGGCGAAUUCAUGGCAAGCGUGACGCUAUCGAGCGGGCAAAGUUCGCGUACCGGCGGGCACGCGUCGCCAUGAUCGUCCUGGGGAUGCCCAAGAACGAUCCCAAGUAUGCAGUCCUCCAUGACGCCGACUGCAAAGCCUUCGUCAUCGUGGACGAAGAGGUGAGGCGGGGCGAUAGCAAGCUAGACCCGACAUGGAUCUGGGGAGACUUCACCUAUAUGGGGAAACUCGACGAGGGCAAAAUUAAAAUCUUCGUGACCAACAGUGUUAAGGUCCACUGGCUGCGCCAGAGCGCACUGCUUGCACGAUGGAGGGAGGAGGUUAACAUGCUGAGGGAGGAGAUGUAUCGGACAGUGCAAUUCUUCGAGUACACGAUUAACACAUGGACUCGACGCGCCGAGAAGCACGACUUUGCAGGGCGUCAAGGGGCGGCAGCGUACGCCCGUCGGUCAGUGGUCAGCGCUGUUCAAUGA